AUGCCUUCCAUUGUCCCUGUUGUGCAGGUGUUGAUAAACCAGUGCGCGUCGUGGCUUCUACACGGACUGCUCGUAGACCCAUGCGGGGAGUUCUUCGUGCACAAGAACUUCGACCCAACCUUAUCGGCUGCAGGCACCGCGACCAGAUCGAGCAUGGCCACCAAUCCGGAUGAAAUCUGGAACGACAACGAGAACGACCGCUGGACAGCUCUGAACGAUAGCGUGGAAGGCGCGUGGGAGGGUGCCGUCGACUGGAGGGCCGAGGAAGAGUGGAACUCGACCUAUACCUUGAGACUUCCCCUCGUACCCACUUCCUUCGUGCCUCACGGGCUCGCCCAGAAGAUGCUGUUCGUAGGAAAGGUGGUUCGAGUACUGUGCCAGGCAAAUACGCUAUCUCUGUCCACUUCAGCGGCGCCGCCUUCGGCGUGGCCAGGCGACAGCGCUGUCGGCGAUGGCGUUGGUGACGGUGUGGGUGGCGACGUGGGAGUGAGUGAGGCGGAAGUGCUGGAGCUGACGCAGCGCUGGUCGGAGUUGCGCGAUCGGGAAGACUUCCAUCUCUUGGCACUGGAGAGAGCCGUACACGAGGCUCACUCUUUGGUGGACCGGCGACUGUACCGCCUAUUGGUGAACGUCGCGGGGCUAGAAGGGCACCUGUCCAGCUUGAAGAGGCUGUUUCUCAUGGGACACGGGUCACUGUUCCACUCUUUCUUAGACAAGGCGAGGGAGGCAAUGAAAGUCAAGGCCGGAGAGAGGGCGGUGCUGGAUCUGAAUACGUGGCUGGCGGCUGCCGUCGAGGACACCGAGGGUCAUGACUCGGACGGAGCGGCGCCUUCCUCUGCAAGCACGCUGGACAGGGCUAGGCUCGACCUCGAUCCGCCUGGGUUCUCGUGCAAGGCAUUCCAGGAUCUCGCGAGGCAAGGGUUCUGCGUCAGAGGCGCGGCAAUACAUUCAUCCAGGAAACCCUCCGUGUGUCUCUGUCCGGGGGACUAUGGUCGAACAUCUUCCUCUCCUAAACGGUCGGCCUCAUCUUCCUCGUCGUCUUUGAGGGUAUCCAGACCAAGAGCAGCGCCAACAGCUCCCCCACCGACGGGGGCAGGGGCGGGUUGGUUGUGGUACACUUCGGACAGAGAAGUUCACAGAGGAUUCCGAAGCUCGGUGGCUUUUCGCUGCGAUCGUCACAAGCCCAGCCCCGACGCUAUCCCCGGUAGUGCUCCACAAGAGACAUGCGGGGCGCAGGUCGCGGGACCCGCAGGACCCAGCCUGAGCUUUGUCGUGCAUCAGCACCGCGCUGCCCUAAGCGGGAGCGAAGAGAGUGCGGAGGAAGGGAUUGGGAUAUCAGCGAUGGUGCCGAACAGCUUGUCCGUGCGGCUUGAACCGGACGGCGAGGGAGGCGGCCAGGUGUCCAUCAGGUGGAAUCCCCACCGGUCUCCAUCUCUUCCCCGUCCAGAUGUAGAUAUAGGCACGUUUCUCGCGGGCACUACCAACAGGCGGGAUGCCUCGGUCGGGGAGGUCGACGGAGACAAUCUUGGUCGAGGACAGAGCAAAGGCAAAGCGGUACAUUUGCUCGGGCGGGCCACUCUGCCCAACUCGUGCGGCCUAUCUCUGGGCCAAGUGAACUACUUAAUGGUGGACUACUCUCUAGGGGAACGACCAAGGCCAAGAAGGGACGAGAGAGAUGAAGCCGGUUCAAGAGAGAGAGGGCUGGGUGUAGGAGCUGAGCUGAUGGUGUUCGUGAACGAUCCCGGCCGCUCGGGAUCGCCGGUACUUUCCGUCAAGCUCGACAUGUGGAAGCUCAUUGAGCUGGGCGGAGGGCAUGCGUUCGUAGGGGUGUCUGCUGAAGGACCAUGGAGAACCACGCUGCGACAGUGGGACUUCCAUUUGGGAUGCUCUUCGACUACUGUCGGCAAACCGCAGACGUCGUCGGGGCCGUUGGGUGGUGUCAGAUCGGGUCCUAGGGUAGAGGAAAUGCUGGAGGCGAUGGACUCGUGGAGCGGCCUGUGCCUGCAUUACAGGCUGGAGUGGCCAAUGCACUUGGUGCUGACGCGAGAGACAAUGCAGACGUACAAUCGUCUUUUUCGCCUCCUGGCCUGCGUCAAGAGGGCCAACCUGGAGCUUGAGCGGGUGUGGCCCGCCCUCAUGCAAAGCCGGUACCGGGGCUUGGCCAAUGAGGAGGGGGCAUGGCUGGGUCCCCUGUGGAUGUUGCGAGCACGCAUGGCCUUCUUCGUGUCCAACCUGGCAUUUUAUUUGCAGGUGGACGUGGUUGAGGCGGCGUACACGUUGCUUCGGAGCAAGCUUGUGACGGUUCGAGACUUCGUCAGCCUUCAGCGGGCUCACCAGGAGUUCUUAGCCACCCUGCGGGCGAAAUUCUACGUCGACAACCUCGCGAUUGCUCAGGGGCUCGGGCGCGCCCUUCGGCAUGUGCUGCGGUUCUGCUGCCUGUUUUCCUUGCACGGAAACGCCAAAGACAUCCUGCCUUCCGAGGUGAUGGCGCUUCACGACGCCUUCCAAGACGAGAUGAAGCUUCUCGUCCCGGUGUUGGAGAAGGUCGCAAAGGAAUUGAUGAUGCGCCUGGACUUCAACGGACACUUCUCCGCGGAGGCCUUGAACUAAAGCACUCGUUUACCCAUUGGAAGUACUGCAGCAAGAGUCGUGCGUGAGAGACCAACGUUAUUACAGAAAUCCAAGAACAGGUUUAUGUGACGGGCUUGGCCCACUUCGAGUAGUGGCCUGCUUGAACUGGCCUGCUACACCACGUAGCGAUUGCUUGCUGUAGGGUAAGAGCACGUGGUGGGGCUGGAAGCACCCAUGCUGCCCGUUGUCUCCGGGCCUCGCGCUUCCUGACCACGUCUUGGAGGUUGUCAGAAAGGCGACACCUGGCGAGACUCGAAUUGACAGCGUUCCUUUUCGGCAAAAGAUUUUUGUAGUCGAAGGCGAUCGCGGUCGAGCACCUUCCAACAUAAAAACAGGAUGCAUAAUUAGUCGUUCCGCGCUGGUUCGGUAUCUUCUGAAGUCAGUCAGUACGGGAUAGGCCUGUUUUACGACAACUUCUCGUCCUUUCGACCCUGCCUACUGACUCGCGGGAGACGGUAUUUCGCACCUGAGCUCAUGUAGUGGAGCUCAAGUAGUGGUUUUCAUAGUUUGGAGCUCCGGCUGGUCAGACGGCACCAUAGACAUAUUUUUUGGCGCAAUGGAGAGCCGUAGUAGCAGAGGUCAAAACGGUUUCAGUUUGACAUGGUCGUAUGCUACGAUGGUAUGAUAUCUUGCGGCUACGAUGAUCCUCUUGCAAGCCCUGGCUUUCCAAAUCCACUUUAUGCAUGGA